AUGCGUAACGGUUCAGGAUUGUUCUGGCAAAUCGCCAAGAACCUUGGGCAUCCCAGUCAGGCUGCCCCGUCUUCAUGCAGAGAUGCGCAGAACGGUCAUGCGUCAGAAGAUCAAGAGAUGAGCGUCGAUUCGCCUGGCCUGCGAAUUGUCGACGAAGGAGCUGGACCGAGCGACACCAACAGUACGGAUGUCACUGCAACGACCUCCACCGAGGUAGUGCAUCCUGCACGAAAAAACGGCUUCAUUUGUAGUCAGGCCACAUUCGCUGAUGAACUCGAGGCGCUACGUAAGAUUUCAUGGGCGUCAACGUCGUCGUCAACAAGAUCAGCUGAGGAAAUUCUCCGAAAACAUUCAAUGGAUCCGGAUGAGUAUCUUCGCAAAGCAUCAUGCAUAUCGGACUGUUACUACGAUCUUCCGAUCGAUACGAGGCCUAAAAUGAGCGAUGCCGUUCCGCACAUCAACAUUGGUCGAGAAUAUCAGGCUCGCGUACGAAAAUGGAACGAUCGAAAGAUUCAUGAGUCAGAGCUCGAAGCUAUUGAGGAUCGUGACGAGAUGGUGUUUUCACCGGACGUGCUGCGAGAUAUCGAAAAAGACCAGAUUGAAGCGUUCGAGCUGUUGGCAUGCAGCCAAGCAAUACCGAGACCUGGCAAAAAUAAGGAAUUAGCGUUGCACUUGCUGAUGGAGAAUAAGGGCAAUAUUGAAGCAGCUGUUGCGGAUUUGUUGCGCUCUGAUACCUUGGACUGGGAACAGUAUCAGGUGAUCUACGGCUCAAAUUAUGUGGACUCGGCCGGCUGGACCCCUGAGGAAGUGAAUGCGUUCCAAGAUGCCAUCUACAAAACCGAAAAAGAUUUUCAUCAAGUUGCGCAAGAGUUGCCGAGCAAGACGGUUCGAGAAUGCGUCGAAUUUUACUACACCUGGAAGAAGGCCUGCCCUGACGAUUACCGUAAACUGAGAAAUCCUCCGACGAAAACGGCAAUUGCUGGAAUUAAAUCUGCAACAGAUGGACGAGGGUACGCCCGCCAAGUUGGCUCCCGUCGACGAAAAUGUGUCAUCCGAUGCCGAAUCCGACACGACUGCUCCGUCCUACUGCGGCCAGGACAUCUUCGAGAUGAGAGGGCGAACUGGCAGUUUGUGACCUUUCCCAGACGAAUGUUGCUAUGUCACCGCUUCGUGGAUGUACCAUCACUGCCAUCCUCGUCAUCAAUUUCGCAGUCAUUGUUAGGCCUUCGACCAUCACCGCCCCUGAAGGACCUUUCUGGAUUGCAACGAAACUAUCAACCGUCGGCGCCUCGCUCCCAACCGUCAUCCGGCAGCAAGAAAGGCGCGCAGCCGAGUGCCGACGGUUUCUUCCAUUGUCGGUUGUGCGAUAAAUGCUUUGAGAAGGUCAAGUCACUCAACGCUCACAUGAAAUCUCACGCAAUGAAAGCUCGAGCCGAAGCCGAAGCGAAGGCACAAGUUGAUGCUCAGUUGGCAGCGCAGUCCAAUGCGCUCCAGAACGGACAUCUCAACCUUGCUGGGUUGUCACCUUCACUGCAGGGCGUCACUCAGUCAUUGCCCACUGUCUCAAGCCAUCCAGCCAGUGGACUUAACUUCCAGCACGGACUUUCUCACAGCUUACUGUCAUCGCAGGGUAUUGGAUUGCCGCACCCACGAGCGCAGCAUCCAUUGCUGUCACAAGUUCAUUCCGCCAUCAUACACUAG